UCUGUCCUGUCACAUAGGACACCAACUUUGAAAACCCAAAAAAGGUACCAAAGACUUUUUUUUAUCAUAUCCAUUUAGUUUCAUUCAUCAUCAUUAAGAUAAAAAUUUUACCUUUUCCCUUUCCAUCACUUUGUUUCUAAAAUUCUUACAUUAGCUGGUCAGUUUGGACCUGCAAAUUCAGACAACAUAAGCUUUGUAUAUCCAGGAGGAAUUCCGCUAUCAUCCCAACAAUUCAUCGGGAGGCCUAAAUUCCUUAACGACAGAUACUACUCUAUGUUGUACAGCUCAUUCGGCCAAAAUGGAAAGAGCGACGCCUUCAAUUUUAUGUAGUCACUUUGUUAUCGUGUUGAUCCUACUUCUACCAGAUACAUCAGUGGCUGAACCGAGAUCCAAGAUAGUCCAGCUCAUAUGUGGAAACCGUUCGACGGUUAAUGUCCCGAAUUUUGUUGCCACGAUGGAAAAAAUAAGUCAACAAAUGGGAGCUAGAGGAUAUGGAGUAGCAGUUUCCGGCACCGGACAAAAGGCUAACUAUGGACUUGGCCAAUGCUAUGGUGAUCUUUCUUUACUCGAGUGUUUGUUAUGCUACUCUGCAGCACGUAACGUCUUUGCCCAGUGCUACCCUGAUAGUGCAGCGAAAAUUUAUCUCGAUGGAUGCUUUAUGCGAGUGGAGAAUUACAAGUUCUAUGAUGAGUAUAUAGGUCCAGGGGACAGGCGUGUAUGCGGAAACAGGACGAGAAACGGUUUAUUGUUCCAACAGAAUGUUAGGCGAGCCGUUCAGCAAGCAGUUGCAGAUGCACAGAGUAAUAAUGGCUACGCGCGUGCUCAAGUGUCAGUGCCUGGGUCUUCCCCGAUGACAGCUUAUGUUCUCGCCGAUUGCUGGAAGACGCUGAGCACAAACUCCUGCGCGGCAUGUUUGCGAAAUGCAUCUGCAUCCAUGUUGAGAUGUUUGCCGUCGUCAGAAGGUAGAGCUCUGUAUACUGGAUGUUUCAUGAGGUAUUCUGAUACGAAUUUUCUCAAUGCUAUACCCACCGGUAGAGGCUCCUCGGCAAGAGGAAAAAUUGUAGUCAUUGUCAUUGUUGUUGUUAGUUCCGUUAUCGUUUUGGGAGUAUGCGCGUUCAUCGGUAUUGGUGUCUGGAAGAAAAAACAAAUCCAGAAGAAGAGAAAAGGUGCAAACAAUGCUGAGAAAUUAGUGAGGAUCCUUCACGACAUCAGCUUGAACUUCAAGUAUUCGACACUUGAGAAAGCCACGGGGUCAUUUGAUGAGGCCAACAAGCUCGGGCAAGGUGGAUUUGGCACGGUUUAUAAGGGAGUUUUGGCAGAUGGCAGAGAGAUCGCCGUCAAAAGGCUGUUCUUCAACAACAGACACAGAGCUGCAGAUUUUUAUAAUGAGGUUAACAUAAUCAGUAGCGUCGAGCACAAGAAUUUGGUACGGUUAUUGGGUUGCAGCUGCUCAGGACCAGAAAGCCUUCUUGUAUACGAGUUCCUCCCUAACCAAAGUCUUGAUCGCUUCAUCUUUGAUCUGGCCAAGGGUAAAGAUCUAAAGUGGGAGAAAAGAUUUAAGAUAAUCAUAGGGACUGCAGAAGGUUUGGUAUAUCUACACGAGAACACAAAGACUCGGAUAAUUCACCGAGACAUAAAAGCAAGCAAUAUCCUGUUGGACUCGAAGCUCCGUGCAAAGAUUGCUGAUUUUGGGUUGGCCAGGUCGUUCCAAGAAGACAAGAGUCACAUAAGCACCGCCAUCGCCGGCACAUUAGGAUAUAUGGCUCCGGAAUACCUAGCACACGGCCAAUUGACGGAAAAAGUAGACGUUUACAGCUUUGGAGUUCUUCUACUGGAAAUCGUGACAGGGAGGGAAAACAGGAGCAAAGACAACGAAGACACAGACAGCUUAGUUUCCAUUGUGUGGGAUCACUUUCAACGUGGUAUACUGGAGGAACUAUUCGAUCCAAAUCUCAUGUUGCACGACUACCACAUCACCGUGAGAAAUGAGGCCGCGAGAGUUUUACAUGUAGGACUUUUAUGCACUCAAGAGAUCCGAACGUUAAGGCCAUCCAUGUCUAAGGUAUUACAGAUGCUUAUCAAGAAAGACGAAGAUCUUCCUCCACCUACUAAUCCACCAUUCGUCGACGAGAAAACCAUGGAACUUCAUGGCCCUUGGGAGAGGUAUUCGAAUAGCCAAGGCGAUUUUGUUUCGAUCGCCAACUUCUCUCACAGUUCUUUUUACCCGAGAUGAUGAUAUCUUGUGCCCCGAGUACAUCAUGAUCGAGCGGUUAGUUAUAAUGGCAAAUGUGUCUCGGUCGUAAACAAGUUGAGGUUGGCUAUCUGAAUCGGAAAUCCGUUUAAGCUUUGUUAGAAUAGGAAUAGAAUUGUAUAUAGUACGAAAUGUACUUCUACGCAAUUGCCCCGUAGAUCCUAUAUCUAUCUAUAUGAAGAAGAAAUCGUGUAACGAAGGGGAUUCUUAUUUGUACAAAUGGUACUUCAGCCUUGCACCUCUAUUGAGUAAUGCCUGAGUCGCAACAUCAAGGUCUGAGCCAAAUUGAGCAAGGGCGGCCACUUCAUGACUGACAAAUAAGACGACGGUCACCUGCUUGUAAAAAUAUUGUAAUGUCGUGUCUAUAAAUAGGGCUUAGUGUGAUAAUGUAGUGGUAUCAGAGCUUUGAGGAGAAAUAUUCGGAAAAAACAACAAUGUUAGUCGGUCACCGUGAGUGUUUAUUUCUCACAUGCUAUCAGAGCUUCCCUGCGUAGUGUUUUCGUAUAGAAAUGAAGUUCAUUAUGAUAUUUGAGGUCCUAGUAGAGUCAAAUCAACCUUCGAAUCUCGUUAUUUUGUUAGUUUCAUUGAUAAUUAUUUAAGAUGUAAUAGGAUUUUCUUAAUAAAAAUAUUUGUUAGUUAUUUUCUA